AUGGAGCUCUUCGAGACCAGCCCUUACUUCUUUCCAGACCAGAGAUUUUACGAUGGCGAAAACUAUUUGAGCUCCCGUUUGCAGGGCUACGAGCAGGGGGUGUACCAGGAGCGGCCGGGCCUGGGGCUGUGUCCGGAGGGCAGGACGGGGCUGGAGGAGAAGGGCUCGCCCCUGCCUGAGCACUGCCCCGGCCAGUGUCUGCCCUGGGCGUGCAAGAUCUGCAAGAGGAAAACGGUCUCCAUCGACCGGCGCCGCGCCGCCACCCUGCGGGAGAAGCGGAGGUUAAAAAAGGUGAACGAGGCCUUCGAGGCCCUGAAACGGAGCACGUUACUGAACCCCAACCAGCGGCUGCCCAAGGUGGAGAUCCUGCGCAGCGCCAUCCAGUACAUCGAGCGCCUGCAGAGCCUGCUCAGCACUCUCAACCAGCAGGAGCGGGAGCAGAGGGACCUGCGUUACCGCAGCACUGCCUCGCAGCCAGGGGUGGCCAGUGAGUGUGGGUCCAACAGCGCCUCCUGCAGCCCAGAGUGGAGCACCCAGCUGGAGUUCAGCAGUCACCCUGGGGAUCACUUGUUAAAUGACGAGUCCUCUGAAGACCACAACCUCCACUCCCUGUCCUCAAUUGUCGAAAGCAUCGCGGUGGAGGAUGUGGCCGUCACGUUCCAAGAAGAGAGGGUUCAAAACUGA